AUGGGACCCUCCGUGAUCCCCUCGGAACCGGCUGGCAGAGCCUGGUGCCCACGCUGCUCCUGGGCAUCCAUGGCUGGCACAGUAAUGCACAGCAGAUCCCAUGCGGUGCUUGGGGGUGGCAGGGGAGGGGAUGCCAAAAAGCUGUGACAAACCCAGAGCACGUGCACCCAAACCCACUCUUACCCCAGAAAGCUGUGUAUGUUCCCAGGUGGGAGCAGCGGUAAAGGAGAUGCUCCAGGUGUCCGUGCUGGAAGCAGGAUGAAUCUCGUGGCGAUGGCGACCGACCCCGAGCUCCAGUGGGUGUCCCUGUGGCUCCGUGUGCGCUGGGCAGCCGUGCUGGUGCUGCUGCUGAGCUCCCUGGUGAUGCUGCUGCUGCCCCUGGCUGCUGUGGACAACCAGUGCCACGCUGUGCUCAAGGGCCUGUCCUUCCUGAGGAGUAAACUGGGCUCCUCGGGGAUCAGCAGGUUGACAGGGCAGAGCACGGAGCUGAGCGUCACUUCCCAGGGGCUGGAGCUGCUGGUGCUGAAGGGAAAAGCCUCCCCAGAGGUAAAGCUGGAAGCCAGAGCAGCUCUGAAUCAAGCCCUGGAGAUGAAGCGCCAGGGGAAGCGGGAGAAAGCUCACAAACUCUUCCUGUACGCCCUCAAAAUGGACCCGGAUUACGUGGAUGCCCUGAACGAGUUUGGGAUUUUUUCUGAGGAGGAUAAAGACAUCCUGCAGGCCGACUACCUGUACUCCAAAGCUCUGACCAUCUCCCCCCACAACGAGAAGGCUCUGAGCAACCGGGGCCGGACGCUGCCCUUGGUGGAAGAGAUCGACCAGAGGUAUUUCAGCAUCAUCGACAGCAAGGUCAAGAAGGUGAUGGCCAUUCCCAAAGGGAACUCCGCCCUGCGCAGGGUGAUGGAGGAAUCCUACUACCACCACAUCUACCACACGGUGGCCAUCGAGGGGAACACGCUGACGCUGUCCGAGAUCCGGCACAUCAUCGAGACCAGGUACGCCGUCCCCGGCAAGAGCCUGACGGAGCAGAACGAGGUGAUCGGCAUGCACGCCGCCCUCAAGUUCGUCAACACCACGCUGGUGUCGCGCAUCGGCUCCGUCACCAGCAGGGACAUCCUGGACAUCCACCGGCGCGUGCUGGGCUACGCCGACCCUGUGGAGGCCGGGCGCUUCCGAGCCACGCAGGUCUUCGUGGGCCACCACAUCCCGCCGCACCCGCAAGACGUGGAGAAGCAGAUGGAGGAGUUUGUGCAGUGGAUGAACUCGGAGGACGCCAUGAGCCUGCACCCCGUGGAGUUCGCGGCGCUGGCGCACUACAAGCUGGUGUACAUCCACCCCUUCGUGGACGGCAACGGCCGCACCUCGCGGCUGCUGAUGAACCUGAUCCUGAUGCAGGCGGGGUACCCGCCCAUCACCAUCCGCAAGGAGCAGCGCGCCGAGUAUUACCACGUGCUGGAGGUGGCCAACGAGGGCGACGUGCGGCCCUUCAUCCGCUUCAUCGCCAAGUGCGCCGAGACCACGCUGGACAUGCUGCUCAUCGCCACCACCGAGGUCUCCGUGGGGCUGCCCGAGGCGGGGGGCAGCGCCGGCUGCAAACAGACCAUCCCUGUCAAGACUUGAGGGUUCCGGGCAGUUCAGGAGUUGGUGAAGCUGUGGGAGAGCAGAACUCCAAGCCUCUCGGUGUUCCUGCUGGGAAGGGACUGGAUAGGAGGUGUUGCUUGAGUGCUUUAUUUAAAGUGUCUUACAUUUGAUUAAAUUAAUGUAAUUUAUUUAUAUACGUGAUGCCAAACGGAAGUGGGGAUGGUGGCUGUGUGCUGGAAGGAGGUGGGGAGAGGUGUCAGAGGGCUCAAAGAGAUGAACUAAAAUUGAAUUUCUUAAUUAAGCGUUGAGGAGUUGCUUCAAUCACAACCCUUCACCCAGGCAGCCAACUCUACUGUCUGACCUCAGCAAAAUCUAAACUGAGUUGGUUUUGUGUUGCCUCUUCCCUGUAGCUCCAAAACACAUCCCUGAAGGAACAGCGCUGUCCCAUCUGUGUCCAUCAGACACUUUGGUGUCAGCCACACAGAUCCUGAGCAGGAAGGAGGCUGAACUCCAGCCCAAAGGCAUCUCUCCCCUCCCGUUUCUGUGGCACCUUUGCAUGUUUACUUUCAACUGCCUUUCCUGGGGUGAGUUUUGUACAAAUGGGAAGUGGAACAAGAGGAGAAAAGCUCUAACUUACUUGAGGGAGAAGGACUCAGAAAACACCUCAGCCAGCAGGAACCCUGGGAAAGCACAGCUGUCCAUAGACAUUUCAGUGGAGGGGUUGGAAGGAGUUUGUCUGCAGAACUGUGGGCAGAAAAGGUCAUAAGCAGAGCCAGGAGACACCAGUUGUGCCAAUUUGGGAAGAAUGUGUACAGGAAGUCUUCCAAAAAAUUCAGUUUCUUUAGUCUAGGUAAGGGAAUGGUCAUGUCAUUACUCUGAUAAAUGUGUCAAGAAUCACUCGAGGCCUCUGUGUGCUGCAGGGGCAGUGCAGUGCCUGGAGCUGCUGAGCAGUUCAAAUAAUCAUUUUCUCCUUGGUUUUUGAGGUAAAAGUACCUACAGAUCUCCCUACCCCAAACCUGCCAGGGGUGUAACAGCAUCAUUGAUCCCACCACCUCCAAGCUCACAAAACUUCUAUUUAAAAUCCCAAUUUAGAGCAUUUAACCCCUUGACAAAAGUUGCCAGGCUGUCCCAAGCUUAGUUUUCUUCCCUUUUAACUCUCUCUUACCUGACAGGGAGUUUAGGACAUGUUUUAGAGAAGCAGCAAGCAGGGUGAGACUGGGAGUUCUCUGACCACUGCUGCCAGGGAAAGCAGACAACAUAGGAGGAAAGGUGUCCUGUCCUUACAAAGCAUGUUAUUUUUGUAGUGCAACCUGAGUAUAAAUAAUGCACUUUAGAGCUCUGUGGGGGAGGAAAAAAGUUAUUUUAGUAACAGAUUAAUAAACUAUUUUAAUAUGAAUACCUUGGUUUGGAAGAGACUGUUCUCAGAGCACACUUGGCUGCAGUGAACUAAGUGGUUGUGGAGGAGGAAAAGCCACAGAAGAGAUCCUGGUUACCUCAGCAACGUGACAACAUGAGCAGAGUCAUCAUUUCAAAGUCAAGCCAAGUGAAAUCAGCACAGAAAAUAGUGUUUAUUUGCAGCAAGUGUUUGUGUGGUCCAAGUGAACUCGGCACUGGGGUUCCCCCCUCACAUCCACCCCUCUGGGUGGUGACUUUCAGGGUAGUUGACAAGCAGGAAUGUUUCUAUCCAAGAUCACACUGCUGUUGGAAAGUCUGAGGUGAUGACUGAAGUGAUUUCAGGAUAUUCAGAGCAGAUGGAAUGAGCUGCUUCAAGGCCUGAGGGACACACUGAGCACACCUGAGAGGUGAGGUACAUCACUAUCACCCAGCUGAAGUGCAGUUCCAACACCCACAUUUAAACAAAAGCAACAGUAUUUAUAGAAAACCUUUGAGAACUUGAGUUUAAUAAACCGAGAAACAUCAGCUUGCACUUCAGAGUUGUACAAAACCAUACAGAAACCACCUGCAAAAAGACAUGAGCUAGCUAGGAAAAAAACAACCAAAAACAACCAAAAACCUGGUCCUCAGCAACAGCACGUCCAGCUUCAUGAGAAACAAAAAUUACCACUUAAGGAUCAGCUCCUGACACUUAAAAAGAAUCAUGUCAAUGACCUUUACAAAUACACUAUAUAAAAAACAGGUCAAACUGGAACAGAACAGAAACUGGAUACAUAUAUAUGUAUAUCUGUGUAUCUACAUAUACACACAUAUGUAUAGAAACUCUCCCAAUACUAAAAGAGGCCAUUGUGGUGAAGUUGGAGCAUCUGCUGUUGGAUUCUGCAUGGAAGGAGAUGACAGUCCCUGCGUGCGUGGGUUUGGGUGGAGAAUGGGGCUGUUGGCAGAGAGAAUGUCUGCAAUCCCAAUCUGAGCUGACCAGUGGAGCUUGCUGAGGUCCUCCCACGGCAUCUCAUUCGUUAAUGAAAGAGAAAAAUCAUUGGAAAGUACUCCAAAAACUCCAUGUGGCAUCGAGCUGUGCAGGAAAUGUUUCCCCCCUUGUUACCCUCAAUAUGAGGGAUCGCAUUAACGCCGUUUCACCAAACAAAAGUGUAACUCUUUGCUCUUAGAGGGAAAAAAAAAAAAA